AUGAGGACCAGGCACGUGAACCUGCUCAUCACGCUCGUCGCUGUCGUGCUCUUCAGCUUCUCCUGCUUCUGCAUCUCCAGGAUGACUCAAACUAGUAAUCAAUUAACUAAUUGUAGAAACCAUAUUUCGGAGUUUAAGCAAAGUAUACUACGCUUAAAAAACAAAACAGAAAGAAAUCGCCAAGAGUUGCUUAAUGCCUUCAAGGAAAUGAAGCUUGACAUUUCAGAGAAAGAACAUGAUGCAAAAAAUGCAGUUGAGAAGAAAGUGAAUGCCUCAGAUACGAAUGAAACAGUGUCUGAUGCAUUUGAAGUCUUAAAGUUCUUUUUCCCUCAUCUAAGGAAAGUAGACAGAAUUUAUCCUGAUGUAAUCAUGGGCAGAGAGAAAACAGGCGUUACCUUUGCCCUGGGUAUUCCCACUGUCAACAGAGGAAAUUAUAGUUACCUGAAGCAAACACUGACCUCUAUCCUCUCCAGGAUGACUCUUCCAGAAGAGAAGGACUCUGUGGUGAUCGUCUCUAUCGCAGAUAGUAACGAAAAUUAUGUAAAAUCCGUGGUUGACAUGAUUACAAAAAAAUUCAAAAGGCAGGUGACAUCUGGAUCCUUAGAAGUCAUUUCAAUACCUGCUUAUUUUUAUCCAAACAUAUCACAUGCCGCCGGAUCAACUGACGACUCAGAAAAAUUAGAGAGUUGGAGAAUCAAACAAGUAUUAGAUUUUUGUUUUUUGAUGCUGUAUGCCCAGCCCAAAGCUAUGUAUUAUUUACAGCUGGAAGAUGAUAUCAUAGCUAACAAGAUGUACCUUACAAAAAUCACAGAUUUUGUACAUACCAUCACUUCAAAUAAUUGGCUUUAUAUUGAGUUUUCAGUUCUUGGAUUUAUAGGAAAGCUAUUUAAAUCUGAAGAUUUAACUGACUUUGUACGUUUUUUUUUAAUGUUCUACAAGAAUAAACCCGUAGAUUUGCUCUUGGGGGACAUUUUUCUGGUAAAGAUGUGUACCCCAGGAGAAGCUCUUGAGAAAUGUAUAGAACGAAAUAAGCAUAUUCGUAUUCGAUAUAGACCUUCUCUUUUCCAGCAUGUGGGUAUACAGUCAUCAUACCCUGGAAGAGAACAAUAUUUCAAAGAUAUCUAUUAUUAG